GCCCCCUUUCUGCAAAGGGUGCCACACUAGGUUCCCUUGCGAGGGCGAUGACAUGAAUAUCUGAAUUCGAAGACCUCGUCGAUGUUCUGACGCCCGGGAAAAAGACGAGAAUACCGGUCCUGGGUCCCAGGAAGUUGAUCACUCUUCUCUGAGACCGCUGUAGCCGGGGCUGUGGCUUCCUUUCGCCCUCCUCUUCUCCCCAAGUUCCUACUCUUCCCUAUGCAACAUUGACAUGGCGGGAAAUCACCAAGUCGAAGUUUUGAUGACAACCCGAACAUCAAGUAUUUCGGACUCUGGAGUCAUGAACAACAAGACGAUGAUACAGUCAGCUUCACAAUUACCCCCGGUUCUGGAUUCACCUUCUCAGUCACUGGUACGCAUGUCAAAAGCUUUUGGAUACAAUGUCUCAUGCCUCGUAAUCAUCUGCAGGUACUACCGCUUCUGUAAAGGGGGGAGUCCUUCGCACAGAUCUAAACAAUUUCACUCAAGGCUUCGUUUACGUUCGACGAUUCCAGCGCAGAUAACCAUAUCGCUCACAACGUAACGGAUGUCGACUAUCAGCCAAUUAACCAGUGGUUUCCACCACCAGCACUCUCUCCUGGGCAACAUACGCUGCACGUGAAUGUGACCUCAUGUUCCGAACACAAUCCCUUCAUCUUUCUCUCAAUUGUUUACGAGUCGCUGGAAACUGCUUCCACGACAUCUACUAUAUCCGCCUCUACACCCUCUCCUUCGCCCACUAUGACUUCUCCAGACAAUGUGUCAAGCUCCUCAAAAGGUUCUUCUCCCGCAGGCGCCAUUGUUGGCGGAGUUCUUGGUGGCAUAGUUUUGUGCGUUGCAAUACUGGGCGGUGUAUGGUAUUACUUGCGCAGACGGAGUCGGGGACAACCGUAUCUCUAUAGGUUGACAGAUGUUAGCGGCCUGCUUGACGAUGAAACGAAACCUAACAUCGAUAAUACUCCAACACCGCCCUCACCUCCAAAUACGACCACAAGGUCAUCGUCGCAACGUUCUAGAUUCAAAUAUGCUCCUACGAUUGACGAUCCCCAGAGCAACUCCUCGCCUCAAUCCGGCCCUAGAGACGAUUCGAGCAGGAGUGCUUUCACAUACCAGGGCGUCAGUCAUCGUACCUCUAGCGCAGUGCUCUCUGUAGCGAACCCGACUCAUGACAACUUGAUCGCGAGCUCAAUCCAGCUUCAUAGCAAAGCCGUCGAGGCGGGUUUGUUGUCGAUGCCUCCGGAAACUACAUAUCAUGCCGAUUCAGGGAUUCGUUUCGAGUCUUCCGUGGAGGCUUCAACAUCCGAUGAUCUUGGGCAGGCCUCAGAGCUAGUGGAUGUCCCACCUACUUACACGGAGAAAUGAACAUAGUUGUUGCCGGCGCAUGACUCACGAUCAGCUAUAUCUGUACUCUAUGUCACUUCUCAUUCUACACGGACUCGCUACACAUCGGUUCUCAUUGAUUCAAAUCAGUUUCACAGGACAUACAGAGUUGAGGUAAAUGCUAUGGAUGUCAAUGUAUUUCUGUUCAAAUACUUAUUCGUUGCUUCAUUGGGCCCUCGAUAAUAGGCUAGGAGUUCAGCGCGUUAGUGAGGUUUACGAUAGAGUGCUACCUUGAUGAGGGUCUUCGAGAUCGAGACAGUAUGUGAUUGCGCUGGAUCUACACCAAUGAUAAAGAUGACGC